AUUUUCGACUAACAAAUCCCAGAAGCCCUGCGCUCCCACGGUUCAUCGCCAGGGGGACCCUGAAGGCCGUCUUUGUUCAGAAUCCGAAGCACAGAGGGCGGGGCUUGAAGAAUUUAGCCUUCACAGCUCACCCUCUUUCCGGCUUGUAAACCAUUCUGCCACACUGUUAGCUUCGCGCCAAAUUAACCUCGAAUUCAACUGCUGAAAUCCAACUUGCAGCAUUUGGCAUAAAAAAAAAGAGUGAAGAAAUGGACUUGAAUUUGUUGAAAUGGAAGCCAAAUUGGCAACUCAGAAAAUGCUGCAACCACGACCAAGUGAUCUUCCUCAUCUCCGUUGCUGUCUGCACUGUCGUUAUCCUUGUGCUGUGGAGGACGGUACUGAUGACACCAUUUAAGCUUAUAACCGUGUUUCUUCACGAGGUGAGCCAUGCAAUCGCAUGUCUGCUUACUUGUGGUAAGGUGGAAGGGAUUAAGGUUAACGCAGAUGAAGGUGGAGUCACACAAACCCGCGGUGGCAUAUCCUGGCUCAUUUUGCCCGCCGGAUGUAAUCCUUUUCCUGUCCUUGACCAUAUUUAUUUUUCAGUUGGUUUGCACAUUGCAUCUGAUUUAGUCGUUACCCUUAUCAUCUUUCGAUUCUGUGUCACGCCAGAUCUUGGUUCAUCGUUCUGGGGGAUGGUAUUGAUUCUUGCGUCUACAAAACAUCUCACUACACAAAUCGCUGCUGGCUGUUUCGUUGUUGCUCUAAUUAUUGUGUUCUUUUUAGCUAAAAAUUGGACGCUUCGAGGACUUUGUAUAGGAUUCAUUGUUUUAUUUGCUGGAAUUUGGUAUCUGCAAGAAGCAACGCCGGUUCAUAUGCUUAGGGAAGUGAUUCUGUUCACCGGUAAUUGCAAGUUCGUGAUUUUCGUUCAGCUAUUGCUUAAGAAAGUAGCAUAUACUUGUGGUUUCCCAAUGCUUACUCGCUUUUGUCAAAGUGCAGGUGUAAUGAACAGCUUGUUUUCGGUUUAUGAUAUCUACGAUGAUCUUAUAUCUCGUAGAAUCAAUACGAGUGAUGCCGAAAGAUUUGCAGAUGAGUGUCCCUGCUGUACUGGAUGUGGAUGGGGUGUCAUUUGGGCCUUCAUAUCUUUCACAUUUCUCUGUGGAUCCGUGUACCUAGCUCUUGUGAUUUUAUCUCCGCGUGUGUGACUGUCUCGGAAACAGAUAAACACAGUACACCGCGGAAGAUGUUACAACGUUCUCUGUCAUACAUUCGUUACAAAGAACACAUGCAGAGUGGCACGACAUGAACUGCGUUCAUCGCAUGCUUUUCAGCGAUUCAUUUACUUUAGCUGGAAGAGGGAAACCCGGAUUAAAACUAGUAGCUAGUAUUCAGUGCUGCUCCUUAGGCUUCUGGGGAAGUAGAUUGGUUGAGGAUAAAUCUAGGAAUUGUUGUCUCAUAUUCUUCCAUUGAUGAAGGUACAUUACCUUCCUUUUAUGUCACAUAAAAGCACUUUUUGAUUGUAAAUCUUAUGCUAAUAUAAUAUAACAUGUUUUAUUCCUUAUACCACGAGAGAGGAUCCGGAGAUCCUUCAAUCACAUUCGUUCAUCGUACAAGUUUAUAUUCAAUUUUAAAUAAAAAAUUUACAACAAUUUCUGACUGCACAAUGAAAGAAUGUAAUUAGAGGAUCUCCAAGAUCCUCACAACGAGAAUCCGACCAGUAUCCUCCUGGCUUCAACCACAUCUCCUCACAGUUGUUCCUGGUGAAGGUUACUACUCCUUUCAUUUGAGUUUCCGAGUUCGAUUCUCACUUCUGUCAUUUGAGUUUCCGAGUUCGAUUCUCCCACUUUCAGAGUAGCACUUGUAAAAAAUGGUAAAUAUGUUUCGGGAAUGCGGGUUAGGCUGGUUGACUAUAGUUGAAAUUCGAAACGAAACAACUGACGUUGAACACCAUGGAUGAAAUUUGAAACAUCAAAACACUUGCUGAUUAUAAAUCCUUCGAUUAAGAAAACAGAAUUAAAAUCCGACAUUAAACCAUAUCAAAUCAACAAAAUAAGCGCUAAGUACUCGACAUCAAAAUUUUAAAUUGUCUGCCUGCUCGACUGCAGUUCUUCAGGUAAACCAGAUAUUUCUAUGCUUCGGUGAUUGGGUACUCGAACACAACAUCCUUUC